UAUCAGAGCCUCGGUUCUGAAAUCCCAAAUAACCCAGCAGAUUUUUUUUUUUUCAGCCUAUUUCUUUUUCCAGCAGAUUCUUUUCCCAGCCGUCCCCUUAGUUCGAUUUCUUUUCCAGCCGAUUUCUUUUCUCGGUUCUGGUCAUCAUGCCCGGCACCGACAAACCUGAAUCCUCGGAUUCCAGUUCGAAACCAAACCUGUUGCACCCUGCUUAUUCCGUUACGAACAUUCAGUCAAAAAUUCGUACACUGGAUGGCACAACGGUCACCUAUUCAGCAUGGGUCAAGAUAUUUAAAUUACAUGCUGUUGCCUACAAAGUUUCGGCCCACAUAGACGGCACCGCAGCCCCAUCAAAAACUGAUCCCACAUACGAUUCUUGGCUCGAACUUGAUGCUUUAGUUCUACAGUGGAUAUGGAGCACUGUCUCUGACGACCUCCUGCCUCGAGUCAUGGAUUCGGAUGGCACCGCACGCGGUGCAUGGGUCAAAUUGGAGAAAAUUUACUUGAGUAACAAGAAAGCUCGGGCGGCGGCGUUAGAGACAAAAUUCGUAAACCUUACUCUUGCAGCAUGCUCCUCCUUGGAUGAUUAUUGUCGAAAGCUGAAGGAUUUAGCAAACCAACUUGAAGAUGUUGAUCAACAGAUUUCCGAGUCACGUCUCGUUCUUCAAUUGGUCCAUGGAUUGCCUCAAGAAUUUGACACUACCGCCUCAUUAAUCAACUCUACCAACGCUGAUUGGGAUCAGGCUCGUUCCAUGCUCACCGAUGAACUUAUCCGCAUAGAGGCACGCAAAUCCAACUCUUCCUCGGUCUUGGUUGCCACUGGCCCUUCUAAUCGAUCUUCACAACAGCAGCCCUCCCAGCAACAGCCGCAAUCUUGGAGUCAACAACAGCCGCCAGCAUGGUCUUCUCAGCAACAGCAGCCUCAAAACUUUCACCGCAGCCGCGGACGCGGCCGAGGAUCGUGGAACAGAAACAGGGGAGGCCGUGGAGGUCGGGAUUCAGGCCGCAACCAAUCCUACUCACCUUGGCCGACCCAACCACCACAAUACCCUACAUGGGCCUGUGGAAUGUUCUACCAUGUCCCUACCCUUCACAACCGGCCUGGCCAAACCCUGGCCCUUACGCACCUCACCACACAGGUACUCCUCCAUCUGCAGCCAACAGGUCGACAAACACAGGCCCUUCGGCCCCACCUGCCUACUACACGGCUGAUCAGCAAUCAACCGGCUAUGGACAGCAGGCCCCACCUGUUGGUUUCGACGCACUUAACCCAGCAGAGUUGCAAGCAGCAUUUAACGCCAUGAAUAUGAAUCAGCAACCACCGGACCCGGGACUAAUGGACACUGGCGCGGGCUCCCAUGUUACCGAGAAUUCAGAUCUCAAAACUGGACAGCACCUUUCCUGCCACAAUAGUACCGGAGACGUCUACCCAAUCACACCACCACAACUUCCGCCACAAGCCUGCUUCAUUACCACAUCUAAUCUACCAUGGCAUGAUCGACUUGGGCAUCCUGGAGCGCAAGUCUUAGAUAUUCUUAGUCGAAAAUUUAAUUUUUUAUGUAAUAAAGACAUAUCUACUACUUUUUGUAAUUCAUGCCAUCUAUCUAAUAGUAAACGUUUGCCUUUUUAUACGUCCAGAUCCUUCACUUUUUCCCCGUUCGACAUUAUUCACUGUGAUUUAUGACCUGUCGUCAGUAAAACCGGUUAUAAAUAUUACAUGGUUCUUAUAGAUAACUUCUCACACUUCGUGUGGGUCUACCCUUUGAAAUACAAAUCUAGACUUUCCCCACCUUUGUUAAAUUUCACCGUCUUAUCCUUACCCAAUUCAACCGCCCCAUAAAAACCUUCCAAUGUGACUUGGGCGGGGAAUUUGACAACAACAUGUUUAAACAAUUUGCUCAUCAGCAGGGACUCCUAUUUCGGUUCUCUUGCCCUCAGACAUCCUCCCAAAAUGGGAAAGCCGAACGAAUGAUUCGUCGGUUAAACGACAUCAUCCGGUCCCUUCUCAUACAGGCCCAUUUACCUCCCGCAUUUUGGGUCGAGGCUCUUCAUACCGCCACAUACCUUCACAACAUACUUCCCACGAAACGCCUAAAUUUUUUUACACCCACUUUUGCCCUUUAUCUUCGUCACCCAACCUAUGAUCACCUCCGCGUGUUCGGGUGCGCAUGUUACCCGAAUACCUCGGCUACCCAACCACACAAAUUACACCCACGUGCAAUUUGUUGCAUCUUUUUAGGUUACCCCGCUGAUUUUCGUGGGUAUCGGUGCCUCGACCCUACCACAGGAAAGGUUCACAUAUCCCGCCAUGUCACCUUUGAUGAGCAGACCUUUCCAUACUCCCAACCUAUACCCUCGGCUACAUACUCUUUUUUGGACGACUCGAUCCCCACCGGGUUUACCUUCGGCCAAACGCCGACCCCCAAACCCGAUGUCACGGCCCCUUAUCCGUUUACCUAUUCUCGUCGACCACGGUCCACUGCCACUCACCCCUUAACCCAUCCGGCCACCGGCCCACAACAACCUCCACAAUCCUCAGCCGGCCCACCCCCAAUCCCUAACGCCCCACCCGGCCCAGCUACUCCAGCCGCCACACACCCAGCCCAGCCCAACCAACAUCCGCCACCCUUACACCUCGGCCCGCUUCUUCAAAUAACAUCCACCCAAUGUCGACCCGAUCCAAAACCGGUUCGAUUAAACCUCCGGUUUACCCAACCCUUAUGACCACCUCUAUUUCGCCCGUCCCAACCACCUAUGCUAAAGCCUUUGCCGACCCUAAUUGGGUACAUGCCAUGCAAACAGAAUUUAAUGCUUUACAGGAAAACGAAACAUGGGAAUUGGUU